UGUCAAAAUAAAAUUCAGUGGACAGUUUGUGCGAGUUUGUAUUGUUUCGAGUGCAAAAUCUACUAUUUGCUGGAUGUCGAUCAGUUAAUAAUUAUUGAAAAGUGAUUUAAUAACAAGACUUUGUAGUGUUGAAGAAUAUUCCAAUGAUUGGCGUCACAAGAUGGGUUGUUUAGCUUGGAUCCGAGGGUUGAAAAUGCCAUUAUCAUUCAAAGAUAAAGAACUGAACAAAAUAGCGGCAUUCUUCAAUGUGUCCACAUUCUUGUUGACGUGUGCAGCACUUGUCCAACCAAGUUGGUUCCGGAUCAAAGGACUGCACUGCACACAGAGUCUCUCCCUCGCUCAGUUCUUCACAUUUGACGAGGAUGAUGAUGACGAUGAUCAGAUCAACUUAAGACAAAAUGUAGACUUCGAUCCUAUGAGUAGAUCUGACUUUAACGGUCUCCCGCCAUGUAUCACGCCAGAAAUAAUCACCCUCAUGAGAGUAUUAAUAUUACUAUGCUUCAUGGUGCUACUGUGUUCGUGCAUCGGUGUGCUGAUCAACUUGACCAGCCUCAACAGCAGGGCCAUCAAGAUGUUGCGAAGGAAUGCCAUUCCAAGCAUCAUGUGCGUCUUCUGGGUGAUAGCGAUAGUCGGCGUGUGUUAUUACACUACAGUUGUAUUGGGCAACACAUACAACAAUUCUAACACAAUACAAGUUGAUUAUGAAUAUGGAUUCUAUACAAUAACAGGAGCAGGUGCUCUAGCCCUGUUAGCAUCAGCUGCUAACUUAUGGGGUGCUCCUCUGUCCAGUGACGAAGAUAUCCAGAGAAGAAACCUCAUGGAAGAUUGGGAUGGGCUCGAAGCCCACAGUGUGGGGCCGACACCCGCCGUGCCCACCCUCCCCCCGUACACGCCCAGUGCGGACUUUGUGCCUACUGUCCAUCAGAGCUAUGCCCCACCGGUACUGGGAUCACAGCAGUACUUCCCUUUUGACGACCUGUCGAUCCUACCGCCCCCACCGCCUUACACGCCUUGAACCCGCUAACAUUUAACUCAUAUUUAUAAUUUUAUAGAAGUUAUGAAAUUGGAGGCAUCAUUGCUCCUAGCACUUCAUUUUGCUUUUACGUUACAUUUGAAGCUUUCCUCGUAGUUGUUGUUUUCAUUAUUUGUGUUUGCACCACUGCAUCAUAUCAGUGUUGAAUCAGCUACUUCUAAAUGAAUAAAGUGAUAAUCAUUAUUGCAAAUCAAAUGAUCUUAUUAUAGAUGUGACAAUGAUUUGGAAUUAAUACCUAGGUUAAAAUUAAGUUUCUAAAUGUUUACGUCUUUGUGUAUAUCACUCUGGUAUUACAAGCUAAUGAACUAUUUAUUAAGUAUAUUCUUUUUUUAUACUUAAGGUAGCAUAAGCAUAGUGAUUUGAUUUUAAUUUGGUGUAUUUAUUCAUGGUACCUUGAAAAUAAUAAUGAAAUUUAAUUAUGUACAGUCACUGCCAAUUUAUUUAUAAAAUAGUUUACAAAUUGCUAGUGCAUAAUAAACUGGAGUAAAUUAGUAGAUCAAAAAAGAAUUAAAUAUUAUAACAUAUCAUUACGUAUGAGAUGUGACUGUACUUGUCUACUUACAUAUUGUAUGAAGCAUCUAAAUGUAAACAAAAUUAAUUUAUUGUGUGUAUUAUGGUUGUGAUGGGAGUUGAUUGACACUUCAAUAUGUGAUUUGCCAUUUUAGUGCCUAUUCAAGUCAUUAUUCUUGAACUAUUUUAAAAAUUUAAACAUUAGUUCUGCUUAUCUAUGUUUUAGAAUCCCGUAAGCACGGCAGAAAUGGUCCGUGGAUAUGUAUUAUUUAUGAAUUAUUAUCAUUAGUGUAGUAGGUAUGUUGUCUUUGUACCAAAUGUGAUGAAAUAUCUCAGAUAGGUUUUACAUUUAGUUCUUCACAAAUAUAAAUUUAAAAUAAUUAUUUACGUAUCUCUACAUACAUGGAAUAUAAUUUUAAACGUUUUACGUGCACCAUACUGCUAGCUGUUUGAGGCCCGUAUUGUUCUAUGACUGCAACCUAUGUUCAUGCUGGUACUUUGUCGGUUUUGUUAUGUUAAAUGUUAGCCUUGGUUGCCCGUGUAUUUUAUAUUAGAUAGGGUUUUAUCUUUAUUAUACUAGUAUUCACUUAGGUAUUUUUUUAUAUUGUAAUGUGUAACUUGGACACUGACAAUGUCUCUUUGUUUGAUUGAUUAUUUAGGUUCUGUAUAUUUUAUGAAAACCUUUAUAUUUUUCCUGCAGUUUGUCGCCUUUGUCAUAAUAACAUUAGUAUUCAACAAAUGCUAGACCCUGUACGAAAUUAUAAUUAAUAGUAAUAGAGAUUAGUGACUACAUAAUAUCGUCAAAAGUUAUGACAUAGUGUGUUCAAUACUCUAAAAUAUAUAAUAAUAAUAUGUUGCCUAUUAUGAAGUAUAGCCUCAUUCAUUGAAUUUAUCAUGAAAACAUCAGUGAUGUAUUGAUUAUUCAAUAAGGGAAUAGACUUACAUGCUAUGACCUGGGGACUUCGGAGAUAAUUUAUCACACUGGGCUGUAUGUUGUAUAUGGACUAUUGACAAUAUCUCAUACUAAAAAACAAAUUAUCUUCAUAUUUAUGACUAGCGAAAUCCAGUUUGCCAGUGCACAGGAUAUAGAUGUACAUUGCACUGUGCCUAUAACUGUGUAGUCCUUAUUAAAGUUCUUAUAAUAACAGUAGAUAUGUUAAGUAAAAUGUUAAAUAUCAAUACAUAUAUUAUGAUCUGAUAUUAUUCUAUAGUUACUCUUCCAAGGUUUCCUUCACUUAUAAUGUUUGCCAAAGUAUUUCCCAUUAAUUUAAGACAUGAGUAAAAUGCUUUGUUUUGUCAUCUUCAUGUUCAAGAAAAUGAGCUUCUAGAUUUUAGUGUCACUGUAUUUGUAUUGUACUAAAGAUCUGAGUUUCAACAUUUAUAGAGAGAAUAUAAUAACUACGAAGUAACAUAAUAGUUGUAUUAUGCUGGUAGCGCCUGCUGUGUUAUAUUCCAUGUUACCAAAAAAUAUAAGGAUGUUAUUAGUUGUAUUGUUCGUUAAUGUAUAGAUUUCUUCUAGCGUAAGAAUAGUUAUUCCUGGUAGCUUUGCCAGGAAGUUUAUUUUUACAUUUAAAACAAGAAUAUGAAUUUUAUUUUUGUCUAAGACCAAUAUGCAAUACAUAUCUAAAAAAUA